AGACUAGCGAAGUUACUGAAUGGCGCUGCUGUGUUCAUUUAGCGGUCGCCAUUGUAAGGCUCUGUGUAAAACGUGUUCUGUCGGCAUAUAAUCGGUUGUAAGAAGGGCUUUAGCGCGUUCGUCCGUGCUGAAAUUCUGCUGUGAUCACGUACAGGUUUAAACUAGUGAUAAGUUUAUUACAAGUGGUCCUCACGGACGACUAGAACGGCAGUCUUGCUUGCUAGCUAACGGUCAGCCUGAAUUUAAAUACGGAGCGUCGCCCGGACAACCGUGAUGAUUGACAGGGCUAGUUGGCGAGCGGAGAGUUUAAUUUCGUAAACUUUUUUUUUAAUCUGUGCGCGAGCACGGUCAGGUGACCUGGACAUAGCCAACGAGGGAAAGGCAGCCUCCGUCAAACUUCCUGGAAGUGCGUUUUAACUCAAUUUAGCUGCUUGCUUGCCUGGUUGGCCGUCAGCUCGUCCAUCGGGCCAUACGCUCGGUUUGACUGACAGUCACACUUCUCCGUGGGAAACCUGGAUCCGGCCGGCGUCAGGACCGAAGAAGAUACAAAAAUAAUAGACCCCGGACCUCGUUGAAGGUUUUCCCUGUAAGGUCUCCAGUACGGACGGCUUUUCGUGUGACUCUGGGAGGAUAGUCCAGACCGGGAGAGAUGUCGCAGGGAGACGGGAAGCCGACUCCGGGCCUGGACGGCAAGCCUGACUCCACAGCAUCCGCUCAGGGAGUCUCUGUGUCUCCUCCCGUCUCUGCCGUGGCUUCUGGGCCCCCUGCUGCUGCGACUGAGGAUGAGGAAGAGGAGAGUGAAGAUGAGUCUGAGAUCCUGGAGGAGAGCCCAUGCGGCCGCUGGCAGAAACGCAGAGAGGAGGUGCACCAGCGCAACGUGCCUGGGAUCGACAAUGCCUACCUGGCCAUGGACACGGAGGAGGGCGUGGAGGUGGUGUGGAAUGAGGUCAUGUUCUCUGAGAGGAAGAACUUCAAACUGCAGGAGGAAAAGGUUAAAGCGGUGUUUGACAACCUUAUCCAGCUGGAGCAUCUUAAUAUAGUGAAGUUUCAUAAAUACUGGGCAGACACAAAGGAGAACAGGGCUCGGGUGAUUUUCAUCACAGAAUACAUGUCUUCCGGAAGCUUGAAGCAGUUUCUCAAGAAGACUAAGAAAAACCACAAAACCAUGAAUGAAAAGGCCUGGAAGCGAUGGUGCACUCAGAUCCUGUCUGCUCUCAGUUACCUCCACUCAUGUGACCCACCGAUCAUACACGGUAACCUUACCUGUGACACCAUCUUCAUCCAACACAACGGGCUGAUCAAGAUCGGAUCAGUGGCACCAGACACAAUCAACAAUCAUGUGAAAACCUGCCGCGAAGAGCAGAAGAACUUGCACUUUUUUGCACCUGAAUAUGGAGCUGUAGCUGAUGUGACUACAGCAGUUGAUAUUUAUUCCUUUGGAAUGUGCGCGUUAGAGAUGGCUGUGCUUGAGAUCCAGAGCAAUGGAGACUCAUCUUAUGUAUCACAAGAAGCUAUUAAUAGUGCUAUUCAGUCCCUGGAGGACCCUUUGCAACGGGAGUUUAUUCAGAAGUGUUUAGAAGCAGACCCCCUGAAAAGGCCCACAGCCAAGGAUCUGCUGUUCCACCAGGCCCUCUUUGAGGUGCCCCAGCUGAAGCUGCUGGCCGCCCAUUGCAUCGUCAGUCACCAACAUAUGAUCCCUGAAAAUGCUUUGGAGGAGAUUACCAAGAACAUGGACCCGAACCAGGUCAUAGUUGAGUGCAAGGAGGGGGUGCAGCUGAAGCUUUCACAGUUUCCUGCUCUAGAGCUGGAUAAGUUCUUAGAAGAUGUGAGAAAUGGGAUCUACCCCCUGACGGCAUUUGGGAUGCCCUGCUCUCAGCAGCCUCAGCAGGAAGCCGUAAAGUCUCCCAUCAUACCCCCCUCGGUGAAGACCCCCACCCCAGAGCCUGCAGAGCUAGAGACCAGGAAGGUACUUCAAAUGCAGUGCAAUAUUGAAACAGUAGAGGAAGGAGCCAAGCAUCAUCUUACAUUAUUACUGAAACUGGAGGACAAGUUGAAUAGACACCUCAGCUGUGAUUUAUUACCAAAUGAGAACGUUCAGGAGCUGGCGGUGGAACUAGUUCAGCUGGGAUUCAUCAGUGAGGGUGAUCAGAUGAAACUAGCCUCUGUUAUGGAGGAAGCUUUCAACAAGUUCUACAACCGCAACGGUUGCCUGAACCCGGUCACUGUGUCGUCGUAGUGGAGCCACGCCGGAUUGACCUGCCUGGCAACCGGACCCUCUGUAUUCUGCCCCCGCGGCAGCAGUAUCGGACCCCGUGUAGAGGAUGAUGGGACACUGUAGCAUUGACCGCACUGGUGGAUGGUGGGGGAGUGGCCGGUCCCAGCAGCUGCUGCAGUGUCAAGCAUUCAGGAUCACUUUCUACCCCCCCCCCACCCCCAGUGUAGAUCACAGCUUUUGUUAUAAGAAAGCCCAGCACUAUUCUAAGUCAGUAUUAUCAGCCGUUUGCAAACGUUUUUGCCCUCCUGUGUGAUGGUUCGCUGGCUGUAAUUUGUGGAGUCGCCUGUGAGUCUCCAGGAGAGGAGAGGACCUCGCAGCCCUCAGACUGCAGUGUGUGAGCAGACCAGCUCCCAAGCUUACGUUCUUUCAGUUUACAGUGAGGUUUUCAUCUUUGAGCAUUGUGGAGUUUUUUUUUUUUUUCUUUUCUUUGAAUGGGUGAAUAAAUGAACAAAGGUUUACCAGGGUUCAGCUGUGUGCCUUAUGAUGCUGAGCCAAGAUUGUGAAAGCAAGAUGAGCACAGGCAGACUACAGAGGAUCUUGGUGUUUUCCGGACUGUCUAUUGCACAUGGAAUCCCCUGACGAUGGAAGGGAUAGCUCGGCAGGUGGGAUAAUUCUUGUGAAUGUAUGCUUCCAGUUGCUGAGUAACUAGCUUUGUAUGUGGCAGUUUCUGGGGGGUGGGCCAAGGCCACUUGACUCCCCUCUCGCCUUGACAUUUUGGAACAGUAUACAGCAGAAUGUGUGUCGGUUCUGUGAUCUGUGUUAUCAAUUUGGCCAUUGGUCUGCUUUUUGUCUAUGUUCUUUAUGGGACUGCAUUUUAAACGGAUUUAUAGAACAUUUGCAGUUUGGUAUUGCAUAAACACUUUGGUGCAUUAAAAAUAAACCUUACGAUUUCGCCAAA